UUGGAGCUUCCAGAACCAUCGACUGGCAAGACGCAAUUCAAGAGCGGACCGGAUCAGAGUUUGAGAUGAGACUGUGUGAGUUUCAGUGCUACUUGGUCCUGUUGGGUCUGUCUGUGCUAUGUGACCGUGGCACCGAUGCCCAGAUGGAACCAGACAUAAACCUUCGCCAUCACAGACUCCUGCAGAGGGCACGAGCCAUUGGAUUGGCCACACAGGACUGGACUAGAAAAGAUUUGGAGGAUCUUCUUUCUGCUCUGUCUGUGCCUGAGAUGGAGGUUCGUGAGAAUGAUGUCUCCACAGCAGGCGCAAAUGAGAAUCUGCGUAUGGAGCUGGAGCGUUCUGCAGAGAACACAAACGCCCUCCCGCCCCGCGAACGCAAAGCAGGUUGCAAAAAUUUCUACUGGAAAGGCUUUACUUCCUGCUGAGGCCAUAAUUCACAUCACAUAACGAUUAACUCGCUCUCAAAUGUUUAUGCUAAACUAACCAUAGUGGUCAAAUCUGUGAGUUGAUUGUAAGUUAAUAAAAUAUGAAAUAACAAUAAUG